AUUUNACCCUUCUGGUUCAUGAUAAAUUCGGCUUUUAGCCAAGAGUUUUUGUUUGUUCUUUUGAGGCUCUCUCGGUAAAGUUUGAGUCUUUUUUCACUACUCGUGCAGUUAACUUAACCACUAGUUCCAGCCUUGCAGGUUUUUCUUGCACAAAUAGAUAAAAAGAGGGGCUUUUUCAAAUUUUUUUUCCUGAGAAAAAAAAUAAAGAAUCACUAAUGUUGAGAAACAGAUCUAGAGCUGUGAAAACCAAACAAGCCCUUAUGGCUGAUCAAAAUCAAACCUCACUCCCAUCUCCCACAAUGAACCUUCCUCCAUCACCCAUUUCAUCUUUCUUGAAUUCCCCAAGGUUUUUCAAUGGUUUACUGUCCAAAAAAACCCAAUUUUCAAGUACAGAUACUAAUUAUGCUGUCAUGAGCCCAACCUCAAUUCUUGAUUCCAAAAAAAACCUCAGUUUUGUCAACCACUUUGGCCAUGACAACAUUAUCUUGUCCAAAUCUCCAAACCCAACUGCCAAACGAGAGGCUAAGGCGAUCGGCCUCGCCUUGAUUGACUCGAUCGUGCAGGAAAAUGCCGAUGAUGAGGGUAAAUCAGGAAAAAAAAUAUCCAAGCCUGUUAACAGAGUUAACAGAGCAGCUUUGUUUGGAUCAAAGCUUAAGGUCCAAAUUCCUGACUUAAACCCCAAAUCAUCGAUUUUUCAGAACGAAUCGCCAAAAUCUCCUGCUGAAUUCGGAAUCAAGACUCGAAAUUCUCAGAUUUCGAGCACCCCAGUUAAAGAUUUGGCUAGACAGCUGUCCUUGAAAGAAAUGGAGCUCUCUGAGGAUUAUACUUGUGUUAUCUCUCAUGGUCCUAAUCCUAAGACCACACAUAUUUUUGAUGAUUGUGUUGUGGAGAGGUGUUUGGGGGAUCAUUCAGAGAAUAAUUAUUCUGAGUGUCAGAAAAUGGAGUUUGGGUUUGAGAUUGAUUCAUCUUCAUCUCCAUCACAAGAUUUCUUGAGUUUUUGUCACACUUGCAAGGAUAAUUUAGGACAAGGCAAAGACAUUUACAUUUACAGGGGAGAGAAAGCUUUUUGCAGCCAUGAAUGUCGGUGCCAAGAGAUGUUUUUUGAAGGACUGAAAAAUCCAGACUUGGAUGGAUAAUGAUAUGUCCAGAGCUCUCUUUACAUUAAAACUUGAAUCUCAAGAGGAAUUCAACAUCUCCUUACCUAAGAAUUUCACCUGAAGAAAUUAAAAGCUCUCAACUGUCCUGAAUAUGAUCAAUGGAGUCUUUUUUAUUUUUAUUUUUAUUUUUUUCUGCAUCAAUGUAUGUAUAUUUCAUUCUGUUUUCCUAAUUUUUCAGUUUUCUUGGAUGUAUUUUCUGUUUAUGUUGAAGGCCUGACCUCCCUUUGCAUAUACAAGGAUAAAUGGGAAUCAGAAAUUAUUAUAGAUAUGGAUGUACCAAAGUUUUGUCCAGCUACUGUUACAUAUUUGGCCUCAUAUUUGGCAUGGAAUGUCAAUGCAAUGUUGUUAUGUA